AAGAUUGGACUUGUGUCAGUGCUGUUACUCCCUGGACCGCAUCGGGAAAUCACGAAGCUGGCCAAACUUGGGCAGAGGGAGGAUGUAGGGAGCAAGGAGAAGGAUGUCAGAUGUGGUUGUAAGUGCUGUCUGCCUAAGGCUUCUCUUUCCAUUCCAGACCCCAGUUGGCAGCCUGAAGGCUCCUGUCUGGCUUCGAGCCUACUUCCAGGGCCUGCUCUUCUCUCUGGGCUGCAGGAUCCAGAGGCAUUGUGGCAAAGUGCUUUUCUUGGGACUGCUGGUCUUUGGGGCCCUGGCACUGGGGCUCCGCGUGGCCAUCAUUGAGACGGACCUGGAGCAGCUCUGGGUAGAAGUGGGCAGCCGGGUGAACCAGGAGCUGCACUACACCAAGGAGAAGCUGGGGGAAGAGGCUGCGUACACCUCCCAGAUGCUGAUUCAGACGGCGCGCCGGGACGGGGAGAACGUCCUCACGCCCGAGGCGCUCGGCCUCCACCUCCAGGCAGCCCUCAGUGCCAGCAAAGUCCAAGUCUCGCUCUACGGAAAGUCCUGGGAUUUGAACAAAAUCUGCUACAAGUCAGGAGUCCCCCUCAUUGAAAAUGGGAUGAUUGAGCGGAUGAUCGAGAAGCUGUUUCCGUGUGUUAUCCUCACUCCCCUCGACUGCUUCUGGGAGGGAGCCAAGCUCCAGGGGGGCUCUGCCUAUCUGCCGGGCCGCCCCGAUAUCCAGUGGACCAACCUGGAUCCAGAGCAGCUGCUGGAGGAGCUGGGUCCCUUUGCCUCCCUCGAGAGCUUCCGGGAGCUGCUAGACAAAGCACAGGUGGGCCAGGCCUAUGUGGGGCGGCCCUGCCUGCACCCCGAUGACCUCCACUGCCCAGCUAGUGCCCCCAACCAUCAGAGCAGACAGCCUCCCAACGUGGCUAAAGAGCUGAGCGGGGGCUGCCACGGCUUCUCCUACAAGUUCAUGCGCUGGCAGGAGGAACUGCUGCUUGGAGGCAUGACCAGAGACCCUCAAGGUCAGCUUUUGAGCGCCGAGGCCCUGCAGAGCACCUUCCUGCUGAUGAGUCCCCGACAGCUGUACGAGCACUUCCGGGGCGACUACCAGACACAUGACAUUGGCUGGAGUGAGGAGCAGGCCGGCGCCGUGCUGCAGGCCUGGCAGCGGCGCUUUGUGCAGCUGGCCCAGGAGGCCCUGGCGGAGAACGCCACCCAGCAGAUCCAUGCAUUCUCCGCCACCACCCUGGAUGACAUCCUGCGAGCCUUCUCUGAAGUCAGCACCGCCCGCCUGGUGGGAGGCUAUCUGCUCAUGCUGGCCUAUGCCUGCCUGACGAUGCUGCGGUGGGACUGUGCCCAAUCCCAGGGUACCGUGGGCCUGGCCGGGGUGCUGCUGGUGGCCCUUGCCGUGGCCUCGGGUCUGGGGCUCUGCGCGCUGCUCGGCCUCGCCUUCAAUGCCGCCACCACCCAGGUGCUGCCCUUCUUGGCGUUGGGCAUCGGUGUGGAUGACGUCUUCCUGCUAGCACAUGCCUUCACUGAGGCUCCCCCAGGCACCCCACUGCAGGAGCGCACCGGUGAGUGUCUGCAGCGCACCGGCACCAGCGUGGCGCUCACAUCCAUCAACAACAUGGUCGCCUUCUUCAUGGCCGCCCUGGUGCCUAUCCCUGCACUGCGCGCCUUCUCUCUGCAGGCAGCCAUAGUGGUUGGCUGCAACUUUGCAGCCGUGAUGCUUGUCUUCCCAGCCAUCCUCAGCCUGGACCUGCACCGGCGCCACUGCCAGCGCCUCGAUGUGCUGUGCUGCUUCCCUAGCCCCUGCUCCACCCGAGUGAUUCAGAUCCUGCCCCAGGAGCUGGGGGACAGGGCAGUUCCCAUGGGCAUCACCCACCUGACCACCACGGUACAGACCUUUACCCACCAUGAUGCCAACAGCCAGCAUGUGGUCACCAUCCUGCCUCAGGCCCACCUGGCACCCCUACCUUCAGACCCACUGGGCUCUGAGCUCUUCAGCCCAGGAGGGUCCACACGGGACCUUCUAGGCCAGGAGGAGGGGACAAGGGAGAAGACAGCCUGCAGGUCCCUAGCCUGUGCCCACUGGAACCUGGCCCAUUUUGCCCGCUAUCGGUUUGCCCCCGUGCUGCUCCAACCACACAGCAAGACCCUGGUGCUGGUGUUCUUCGGUGCUCUCCUGGGCCUGAGUCUUUACGGAGCGACCCUGGUGCAGGAUGGCCUGGCCUUGACCGACGUGGUGCCUCGGGGCACCAAGGAGCAUGCCUUCCUGAGCGCCCAGCUCAGGUACUUCUCCCUGUAUGAGGUCGCCUUGGUGACCCAGGGUGGCUUCGACUACGCCCGCUCCCAGCGCGCCCUCUUCGAUCUGCACCAGCGUUUCAGUUCCCUCAAGGCUGUGCUGCCCCUGCCCGCUACCCAGGCCCCGCGCACGUGGCUGCACUACUACCGCAACUGGCUCCAAGGAAUCCAGGCUGCCUUCGACCACGACUGGGCUUCGGGGCGCAUCACCCGCCACUCCUACCGCAAUGGCUCUGAGGACGGGGCCCUGGCCUACAAGCUGCUCAUCCAGACCGGGGACGCCCAAGAGCCACUGGACUUCAGCCAGCUGACCACCCGACAGCUGGUGGACCAGGAGGGCCUAAUUCCCCCGGAGCUCUUCUACAUGGGGCUGACCGUGUGGGUGAGCAGCGACCCCCUGGGCCUGGCAGCCUCGCAGGCCAACUUCUAUCCGCCGCCCCCCGAGUGGUUGCACGACAAGUACGACACCACCGGGGAGAACCUUCGUAUCCCGGCUGCCCAGCCUCUGGAGUUUGCCCAGUUCCCCUUCCUGCUACGUGGCCUCCAGGAGACUGCGGACUUCGUGGAAGCCAUUGAGGGGGCCCGGGCAGCGUGUGCGGAAGCAGGCAGGGCCGGGGUGCGUGCCUACCCCAGUGGCUCCCCCUUCCUCUUCUGGGAGCAGUACCUGGGCCUGCGGCACUACUUCCUGCUGGCUGUCUGCAUCCUGCUCCUCUGCACCUUCCUCGUCUGCGCCCUGCUGCUGCUCAGCCCCUGGACGGCCAGCCUCGUGGUGCUGGUCCUGACAAUGAUGACCGUGGAGCUCUUUGGCAUCAUGGGUUUCCUGGGCAUCAAGCUGAGUGCCAUACCUGUGGUGAUCCUCGUGGCCUCUGUGGGCAUCGGAGUUGAGUUCACAGUCCACGUGGCCCUGGGCUUCCUGACCACCCAGGGGAGCCGGGACCUGCGGGCGGCCCGGGCCCUGGAGCACAUGUUCGCCCCAGUGACUGAUGGGGCCGUCUCCACGUUGCUGGGUCUUCUCAUGCUUGCUGGCUCCCACUUUGACUUCAUUGUGCGGUACUUCUUCGUGGUGCUGGCUGUGCUCACGCUGCUGGGCCUCCUCCACGGACUAGUGCUGCUGCCCGUGCUGCUCUCCCUCCUGGGUCCCCCACCGGAGGUGGUACAGGUGUACAAGGAGAGCCCAGAGGUCCUGAACCCCCCCACUCCACGAGGAGGGCUCAGGUGGGGGCCACCCACCACCCUGCCCCAGGGCUUUGCCAGAGUGACUACCUCCAUGACCGUGGCCCUGCACCCACCUCCGCUGCCUGGUGCCUACACCCACCCAACUGCCGAGGAGCCUGCCUGGUCCCCUGCCGCCAACCCAGCUGCCAGCACCCCUGGCAGCCUCAGUCCCAGGGGACCCUGUGUGGCCACCAGGUGAAAGGGAGCUGACACCACUGAAGCAACAGCUCGAGUACUGAAUUCAGGGUGACCCCUAGGGGGUCCUGCUGCUACUGUGCAUCAUCGCCCCCACCUCAAUUCUCAUGCUCAGCCAUCCUGGAGCUCCUUGGUCCCCACCCACCCAGGCUGUGAGUGGACCCGCACCUCCCAGGCCCUGUGUGAGUGGAGUGUAUCUCUUUCGGGGGCGAGAACCUGCGUGUGAGUGAGCAGAUGUGCACCUUGUGUGUGAGAAGUGCCUGACCCUGGAGGGGCAGUUUGAAGCUGCAGUGCAGCCCUCCCCUCCCCCCUGCCCCUCACUGCUUGGUGACCCUCCCUACAGGAAGGCCCUUUAUCCCUGUCUACCUUCUGUCACCUAAAUUAUUUAUAUGGAGAGGUUUAUUUUUGUAGUUUGAAUAGACGUUAGCUCUGCGGAAAAUUUUAUUUUCAAGAGUAAAAUAUAUUCUCUGAACGACAUCA